CUCAACAACCCCAUGUGGGAUAAACUUCUUCCUGAUCCAUUGCCUGAACCCUAUCGCCGUCCUUAUACUCUUGUGAUCAACUUGGAUGAAACUCUCAUUUAUUCUACCUGGGAUAAAGAGCACGGAUGGCGUCACGCAAAGAGACCUGGUGUGGACUACUUUUUAUCCUACCUGUCUCAAUUUUAUGAAAUCGUGAUCUUUACUUCACAGUCAUCUAUGAAUGCCAUUCCUAUUUUAGAAAAGCUGGAUCCUUACCAGUAUUCUAUGUACCGCCUUUACCGUGAGUCGACUCGCUAUGUAGAUGGCCAACACAUCAAGGAUCUGUCACACUUGAACCGUGAUUUGAGCAAGGUUAUUAUCAUGGAUUCCAACCCUUCUGCAUUCUCUUUGCAGCCUGAGAACGGAAUUCCUCUUAAGCCCUGGAAGGGACAGCCUGGAGACAAAGGACUUUUGGAGUUUAUUCCAUUCCUGGAAGCUAUUGCACUUACCAACCCUGAUGAUGUGAGACCUAUUUUGAAGAGCUUUGAAGGAAAGCAGAUUCCUAUUGAAUGGGCCAAGAGAGAGAAAGAGAUGGAAAUCAUGCACAGAAAACAGUGGGAAGAGGAGCAGGCGUCCAAAAAGACAAAGCGUAACCUUGGAUCCUUCCUCGGUACUGGCGGUGGUGUUGCUCAGGCCACUGAGGCACCUCCACCAUCUUAUCUGGAUCAGAUGAGAAAAAAUAUUCGUGAGACAUUUGCUGCCGAACAUGAGCAGAUGAAGCAACAGCAAGAUGAGAUUAUGAAGAAGGAUAUUGAAGCACAGAAGGAACAGAUG